AUGGCAACUCAGACGUCUCACUUUGAGGAGAACCUCCUGUGCCCUGUUUGCCGUGACAUCUUCAGAGAUCCCGUUCUCCUGCUGUGUUCUCAUAGCUUUUGCUGGGCCUGUCUGGAUCAGUACUGGGAGCUCAGCGGCUCACAGAUAUGCCCUGUAUGCCGGACAGACUGCUGCAUGGACCGUCCUCCAUGCAACCGCGCUCUGAAGAACCUGUGCGAGAUCUUCCUUCAGGAGAGAAGUAGGACUGUGUCAGCGGAGCCUGAGUUAUUCUGCAGUAUGCAUGGAGAGAAACUUCAGCUCUUCUGUGUGGAGGACCAGCAUCUCUUGUGCAGUGUGUGUGUGACUGAUGACAUGCAUGUUAAACACACAUUCAGACCUGUGGAUGAAGCUGCAGUGGCUCUCAAGGAGGUGUUCAAAACAAGCCUGAAGCCUUUGCAAGAGAAGCACAAACUCUUGAAAUUAGAAAAAUUCAUCUGUAAUCAACGAGUGAAACGCAUCAAGAAUCAAGCUGAGCAAACAGAGGCACAUAUUAAGAAGGAGUUUGAGCAGCUUCGUCAGUUUUUGCGUGAUGAAGAGGCGGCCAGGGUAACAGCCCUGAAGGAGGAAGAGGAGCAGAAGAGGAAGCUGUUAGAGGAGCAGAUGAUAAUAAUUAACAGUGAACUCUCUUCUCUGGUAGAAAGAAUUCGGAUCACUGAGGAAGAGAUAGAGACCGACAACAUCUCAUUCCUGCUGAAGUACAAAGGCCCACCUGAGAGCACUCAGUGCCCCACUCCCAGUCCAGAGAAGCUCCCAGAAGAGCUGAUCAAUAUGGCAAAGCACCUGGGAAAUCUGAAGUUCAGCGUGUGGCAGAAAAUGAAGUCUGCAACUCAAUACAUUCCUGUAGUCCUCGACCCGAACACGGCUCACCCAUGCCUGCAUCUGUCUGACAGUCUGAGUGAUGUGAGGUUUGGUCAGUGGAGUCCACAGGCCUUGGGUUACUCAGACAAACCUGAGGGCUAUACGAGCGUCCUGGGCUCUGAGGGCUUCAGCUCUGGGACUCACUACUGGGAUGUCGAGGUCGGUGACAACAGCACCUGGGCCUUGGGUGUGAUUUCAGAGUCUGCCAUCCGGACUCGAGACAAUCUGCCCAGUUCUGGUCUGUGGCGCCUGGGCUUUCACAAUGGCAAAUACGGACAAAGCCUUUCAGGGGAGUUCCUCACGCCGCUCACUGUGAAUCAGAAGGUCCAGCGCGUCAGAGUCCUCCUGGACUGGGACGGAGGGCGCGUGUCGUUCUUCAAUCCUCUCACCAGCACGCAUCUCCACACCUUCACACACGCUUUUAGCGAGAAAGUGUUUCCGUACUUCUGUAACGUGUGUUCGUCUCAAGCUCUGCGGAUCUUGCCGGUAGAAAUGGCUCCAGCAGGACCGGACGUACAGAGAUUUUCUGCAUUAACCAGCAAAAUAGAGAAGUAA